CCACCUGAGGAGGAAAAUGGCACAGACGAGGAUUCAGAUGAGCAGUUUGAGGAAGAUUUUUUCAACAUGUUCCUUGAAGAUGAUUGCAGUGGAUUCAUCUAUGGUAUGUACCAGUAUGCUAUGCACCUUGACAAGUUCUAUAGUAGAUCCCAGAGUAGGCAACCAAUGAUGACUGGUUUGGAUUGGGUGGAAAGAAAGUUGACAAAUAGGAAUUCCUGUUACAACAUGUUUAGAAUGACCCCAACUGUUUUCUAUCGGCUGCAUGAUAUGUUAGUAGAACAUUACAGCCUUAAGUCCUCAAGAAAGUCUACCUCAAUUGAGGCUUUAGGAAUGUUUCUUUGGAUGGUUGGAGCUCCGCAAUCGGUUAGGCAAGCUGAGGACAGAUUUGAGAGAUCACUAGGCACAGUUCAUAACAUGUUUUACAAAGUGUUGAACUGUAUGCUAAAGCUGGCCGAAGACAUCAUUAAACCUCGAGACCCACAAUUCAGUACUUUGCACCCUAGAUUGAGACAGCGUAGGUUCUAUCCCUUCUUCAAGGAUUGCAUAGGUGCAAUAGAUGGCACUCAUGUACCUGUGGUCGUGCCAAAUGAUAAAUUUGUUCAGCACUUAUGUCGCAAGGGCAUGACUACUCAGAAUGUGAUGGCCUCAUGUGACUUUGACAUGAUCUUUACAUUUGUCCUUGCUGGAUGGCCUGGGUCUGUACAUGACAUGAGAGUAUUUGAUGAUGCAAUGGGGAAAUACAGCCAUGUAUUUCCUCAUCCACCUACAGGGAAGUAUUACCUGGUGGAUUCGGGCUAUCCAAACCGUCCCGGUUAUCUAGCGCCGUACAAGGGAACAAAGUACCAUCUUCCAGAGUUUCAAAAUGCCGACGAACCACAAGGUAAAAAGGAGGUAUUCAACUAUGCACAUUCGUCACUUAGAAAUGUCAUAGAAAGGGCAUUUGGAGUGUUGAAGCAAAAAUGGAGGAUGUUGCAAAGUAUCCCAAGUUAUCCACCGACAACACAAAGCCAUAUUAUAGUUGCUUGCUUUGCACUUCAUAACUUCAUUAGGAUGAGUGGAAUAGUUGAUAGAGACUUUGAUCGUUGUGACCGUGAUGAGAAUUACGUACCUCCUGAAGCAAGGGCCAAUCAGCCUCCACAUGUUCCAGCACCUAGUAGGGAAGAAUGUGCACAGAUGAAUGCUUUUCGUGACAGUCUUGCACUUGGCCUGCUGAAUAGAUCAUGAGAAUAUGUUUUUUUUUCUUGUUCAAGGACAUGUAAUUUAAGUUUUCUUUUUGAGGACAUGUAAUUUAAGUUUUGUUUGAGGACAUGUAAUUUAAAUUCUGUUCGAGGACAUGUAAUUCUAUUUUUG